AUGGCUCGACCCACUUUUGAGGGUCGAGGACGAAAAUCUCCACAGCCAGCCAAAGAUCGGCCGAAAAUACACACUCGAGAGCUAAUUACCCCGUCAUCGGCGGCUGGACAUACAUUGACAUACAUACAAGUCCACGGUGCGUGCUCCACCGCGUUUCUCAGCAGGAACACAAUUCUUCUCGACAAGAGUAUGAACACGGCCACCAGGGUGAAUUUUUCUCUGCACGUUGUCGAACCCCGGCUUUUCAACAUGGCUGGGAACCCAACAUCGUGCAGAACAAAAAUACCGCACACCGCAAAUUUGGAACAACCUAACUAUCGACAGCCUUCUCAAUUCUAUCCUGCUUCCUCCGAGUGGAACACCAAAGGCAGCGUCCAUAUGGAAUAUAGGCGGAGUGCUCCGUACGACGGAGGAGUACAAUGCUCGGCCUAUCGAUACCAUCCUGGUCUUGUUGCAUGGGCCUCAUCACACCAACGAGAGGGAAAAGUUCCCCGAACCGCCGACUAA